AUGUGGCAGUAUGGACGCCAAAAGCUACGGCAGAUAGGCUUACGCGGUAUCUUUGCCGGUUGGAGCUUAUCAUUCACGCGUGACGCUUUUGGCAGCGCGGUAUUCUUCUCCUUUUUCGAGUACGUCAAGUCACAGGCGUACUAUUCGUUUCUUACGGGUUACUAUGGGUCGCUGCAGCGACAAGGGAUUGAUUCACUGAGUGACCGUGGGCUACCACUUAUUGAGCCUCACUACGCUCUGGAGCCGUGUUUCUUAAUGGCGGCCGGUGUCGCCGCGUCUGUCGCCCAGCAAACAAUUCAACAUCCGUUGAAUACAAUACAAAACAUCCACGUUGCUCGACUGGAGUAUCUCGACCACCAGGCGACGCUUCGCCCUUCCAGAAAACAGAUGUUGAGGAUAUACUACUUGGCGUACCAGGAGACGUAUAAGCGCUGCAAAAGAAAGGCAGCCCGAGCCGGCGGUUGGUCUAGGUGGCUUUAUCGAGGUUUUUUGGGAAACGCGCUCCGCCAAGUCCCAAGUACUAGUGCCGGAUUGGUGAUUUUUGAGUUGGUACGCCGCAAGCACGCUGAUACGGCAGAUGCCAUGUAUUUACGGAAAGAUGGCCAUGAUAUUUUGCUACGUUGA